AUGUUUUACCACAUAUCUUUAGAGCAUGAAAUCUUAUUACAUCCGAGGUAUUUUGGCCCCAGUCUCCUCAACACUGUGAAGCAAAAGCUUUUCACUGAGGUGGAGGGCACAUGUACUGGCAAGUAUGGGUUUGUUAUUGCUGUCACGACCAUCGAUAACAUUGGGGCUGGUGUUAUUCAACCAGGAAGAGGUUUUGUCCUUUAUCCAGUCAAAUACAAGGCCAUAGUUUUCCGCCCAUUCAAAGGAGAGGUGGUGGAUGCUGUUGUCACUCAAGUUAACAAGGUUGGAUUGUUCACAGAAAUUGGUCCCAUGUCAUGCUUCAUCUCUCGUCAUUCAAUUCCUUCUGAAAUGGAAUUCGACCCCAACUCGAAUCCCCCUUGUUAUAAAACGGUUGAUGAGGACAUUGUAAUUCAACAAGACGAUGAAAUCAGAUUAAAGAUAGUGGGCACAAGAGUUGACAAAAAUGACAUUUUUGCCAUUGGAUCUCUGAUGGAUGAUUAUCUUGGUCUUGUGAGCUGA